CAUAAAUAUCCCGCGUGUCGCAUUGUUUUUUUUAUAUGAUGUCUUUUUGCUUUCACUAUCAGUUUGUGAUUAAACAGAGUGACCUUAGAGAGCAGGUCCCAGUAUGACGAGCUGUCUGUCAGCACGCAGACUUGUGUGUUGUGUUAUUUACUGCUUCACUGUGAACCUUCAGGCUGAACACGUGAACCACACCGUUCAGACGCGAGCUCACGCGCACAAGCGGUCCGGUUUGUCCGGGUUCGACCCCGGAGAUCCGGCUCCACCUUUCAGUGUAAAAACCCUAAACGGGGAGUUUGUUUAUCCUCCCACAGAGACGUCUGAUCACUCCGUGAUAAUCCACGCGUUCACCAAUAAAUCCGCUUUCCUGGAGUGUCUCUGGACGUCCAAGUCCUCCGUGUCCGAUCUGAUCCAGUUCCUUCCGCUCAGUGCUGAAGUUCUCUUCGUGUCUCUGGAUGAUUCUGCAGCUCAGGAUGUGAUGUGGAUGAGAGAGCAGGUGUACAGAGUGGCUGUAGAGUCGGGACACAGGGGUAAAGAAAUAUUAUCCAGGCUUCAUUUCUCCCCCAUCCCUGUCUACGCCCUGGGGAACUGGAUACCCAGAGUUCUCUACUCGUGGGGAUGCGGCGGACACAACUGCGGUUUGGCGCAAGCGGUGUUCACUAGUCCAGACUGGAACCUUCCGGUGAUCACGAAGCGCCUGAACGCCAGGUACGACUGGCUGAAUGGACGCUGGGAAAAAGUGCAGUACAUCCUGGUCGGCGCGGGCGACGGAUGCCAGCCCUUUCCUGCGGCUGCCGGAGCCGUGGCCUGGGUCUCUGAAAGCGGCUGCUCGUUUUUCACAAAGAUUAAAGCCAUGGCUGAUUCCAAAGCGGUCGGUGUGCUGAUUUAUGCAUUACCUGGCAACCCAAUCCAGGAUAUGAACUGCGCUGGAGAUGAGUGUAACACCACGCUGAAUAUUCCUGCCUCUAUGCUGCACUAUGAGCCUGCUGUAGCUCAGGGACUAGCCUCAGGGAAACCGGUGAAUGUGACGUUCCAGCUCACUCCAUCUCCCAACUUUUUUAUGGCGAUUGACAAGCAGGGGAUGCUGGCAGAAAUGGGCUGGUUCCUGUAUCCUACAUUCCGCUUCAUAAGCUGGCAGGCAGAGUGGUUUGACUUCAACGCCAACUUGCUGGAGCGCGUUAAACGUCCCGCUGCUGUCGUUCCUGUGUUUAAUAACACACUGAUGCAGGGAGAAGCAGGAGCUCAGGCUGUGGUCGAGCUUCCCAAAGACUUGCUGCAGUUUGAUGUUGUGGAGCUGGACGCGGCGUUGGCGUGUCCCGGCCGCAGGGACGAGACGUGCGCUCACUGGGAUCACACGGUGCAGCUGUUUGUCUGCUGUGAUCGCUUUAGUCCCCACUGUAACAUGGAGCUGGGGCGCUGGAUCACCGCCUUCCGCAGAGGAACGGGCCGGUGGCUGACGGACGUAUCUCCGCUCCUCCCUCUGCUGAACAGUGAGCGCUGUGCUCUGGUCAUGAAGACGCCACCGUGGGCCAUGCCAUGGAUCACAUCCCUCAACCUGCGCUUCAGCCACAACAACAGCUCGGGAAAUACCUCAGAGAAGCUGUACCCUUUCGAGCUGAUGUUUCUGUACAAGGGCGGAACCUUCGACAAGGAUUACAACUCCAGAUUCCAGGAGAUCAAGUUCACCGUUCCGCCUUCGACGAAAAAGGUCGAACUGUACGCCGUGAUCACGGCCCACGGCAGCGACAAUAACAAUUGUGGAGAAUUCUGCGUGACGUCACACUUCUUCCUCGUCAACAGCGUCCACAACAAUUCACUCACAUUCGACUCUGCCGAUUUGCCGCUGGGCUGCGCCAUGCGUGUGGGUGAGGGGGCGGUGCCUAACGAACACGGCACCUGGCUGUAUGGUCGCGCCGGCUGGUGUGACGGACUGCAGGUGGAUCCCUGGAGGGUCGAUCUCACGCCACAGCUUGACCUCAGCACUUCCAACACCAUCCUCUACUUCGGACUCUACGACGGCCGGAACCCCAGUCCAACCCGAGACCCGGGUUACAUCAUCAUGUCCUCUUAUCUCAUUUUUUAUAAAUGAAUAAACAGAACAUUAAGAAAAA